AUGCUGCACAGCCCGAUCCAGCGUGGUGAACCUGCCGAUAACUCCGCCUCCGUUACCAACCCCGCUGCCGGUCACACCACACCGCUCGUGAUCAUCGAUCUACCAUCUGCGCCCGUCGCCAGAACCACCCCGGUUACUGGUGCUACCGCAUCGCCAGUGCUCAUCGAGAUUCCCGCCGCGCAUGAUUUUUCAACCGUGCCACCCGAUCAGGAGGUUCAGACGAUGAACGCCAUGCGACUCAAGCCCCCGGAACUCAGCACCUCCGACAUCCAUACCUUUUUCUUCGCUCUAGAAAAUUGGUUUGAUGUGUGGAACCUCACUCCGCAAUGUGAUGCCAAGCGUUUUAAUAUCCUUAAAACGCAAAUCCCAACAAGCAUCCUUCCGGAAGUGCGACAUUUCCUGGAAAAUGUUCCUGCUACCGACCGCUACGAAGCCGCCAAGAGAGCCUUGAUCCAGUAUUUCGAAGAAUCGCAACGAAGCCGCCUACAUCGAUUGCUGUCGGAGAUGACCCUCGGCGAUCGGAAACCAUCCCAGCUGCUAGCAGAAAUGCGCCGAACGGCAAAAGGAGCAAUGACCGACCUAACCCUGGUCGAUCUUUGGAUUGGACGUCUGCCGCCCUACGUUCAAUCAGCCGUCCUCGCUGCUGCCACCAACGUGGAGGAGAAAGUGAAGGUAGCCGACGCAGUGAUGGAUUCCUUCGCCCUUUACCAUCGAACGGGGCCAUACCAACAUGUGUCCGAAGUGCGAAACGUGGAAAUGGAUCGCUUUGCUCAACAAGUGAACCAAUUAAGUGAACGUUUGGAAGCUGUGCUACGACAAGACCAUCGCCGUGAACCGUCCCGACCACGCUCGCAUCCUCGACCACUUCACCGCCGUUGGGCUAACUCUCCAGCCCGACCAACAGUAGAGGAAAUUUGCUACUUCCAUCGAAAGUUUGGAAAAGAUGCGCGAAAUUGCCGAGCCCCGUGUUCGUUUCACCAGCGUUCGCAAGGGACCAACGCAUCAUCCUGA